ACAACGUCUACGACCCAAACAUCGACUGUUCAAAAUACAUCAGAAUUGUUUAAUACUAGAAAUGAACCAAAACUUGGAGGAUACCACCAUCCACUUGUAUCAUUUAUACGACAGCAAGAUAUUUGGGUAACAGAUAUAAACGGCCACGAUGUCCAGCUUACUUUCUGUUCCGAAAAAAAAGAACAAGACCCCACAUUAAAGUGUGGUAUAGCAGAAUACAUGAUAUUUACCGGCUAUUUCUGGUCUCCAAACACAUCAGACCGACUAAAUACGGAAAGAAUUUUAUAUUUAGAAACAAGUGAAAAGGAUGUUGACGAGGUGUAUAUUUCAAGAGCAUCGAGUAUGAACAAAACCCAGAAAGGAUCGUCUUCUGUGCGCUACCCAAGAGCAGGUCAGCCUAAUGCCAAAAGUGUCGUGAACAUCGUGGAAUUUGAGGUAGAGGCAGCCACGGACUGCCAUCCGACUGGAAUCGUAAUAAAGAAUAUUGUACAUAAAAGUCUAUCAGACGCGUUGGAAAAACAAUUCCCGUGGGUCGAAUACAUAGUGAGACUCGGGUGGUUUGCAGACGGGCAAAGCAUAUGGUUACAGUUAUUAUCGAGAGAUCAGAAAAAAACAGUCGUCAUCAAAGUAGCUCUUUCGCAAUUUUCAGAAGCAGCUUUCACAGUGAAUCCUACUGAAGCAGAGAUUCUUUGGGAAGAAACAAGUUCGACCUGGAUCAAUAUCAGUGAUGCAUUCUAUUUUAUGCAACAAAGCAGUAAUAACAACUCUACUCGAUUCAUUUGGAGUUCAGAAAAAAUGAACGGAUAUCGCCAUUUGUUCCUAGUGGAAAAAAGACGAGAUGAUGCUAUACCCAAGAUAAAGCAACUUACAACCGGUGAAUGGUGUUGUGUCGAUAAACCAUUGUUUGUUGAUGAAGAACGAUCUUUAGUCUAUUUUUCAGCAAAGAAACAUACCCCUUUAGAAACGCAUUUUUACGUGAUUCCUUACGACAGUAACCAUCAUAGAGAAGUAGAGCCCGUUUUAUUAACACGGUUAGGAUUCAGUCAUCAAGUCACCAUGAUUUCACCAGACUACUUUGUCGAUUGUUUUUCCACUCUACAUGAUCCGCAAGUUGUCACUGUUCAGAAAAUAAAGCACGACGAACCCACUACAACACCAGUGCGGAUAGGUUGCUCCGCUUUGAUUAUGCCUGUUGUGCUAAAAAAACAUUGCUGCUGUUGUAACGAAACGCCACCGCCAUCUCCUCCGUCGUAUGAUGCACAUGAGUACUGCCAAAGCAAUCACGCAUAUCGCUACCACCAUCGACGUCGUUCUUCUUCAAUACGGUUUCAUACAGUUCACGGGCCCGAUCCAUUGGAGGCAGAAGAUGCAUUUUGUACUAUGGCAUCAUCUAUCUAUCGAUAUUGUCGCCAGGGGGACGGUUUAGAGCAAAAACUAGACGUGGAUCAACAACGCACUCAACAACUCAAUGGAGAAAUAUUUCAAUUCACCACAUCAGAUGGCGAGCUCUUAUAUGGAUGCCUCUACAAACCCUUCUGUUACAAACCAGGUCAUAGCUAUCCCACACUACUUCAUAUUUACGGUGGGCCUCAAACACAACUCGUCGUGAAUGAGUUCCGUUUUCCAAGAAUAAUGCGAUACCUUAUGGGUGUUUACUUUGGGUUUGCUGUCGUCAUUAUUGACGGCCGAGGCUCGAGUGACCGCGGUAUGAAGUUUGAAUCACAUAUAAAAAACCGACUAGGCAAAGUGGAACUGAAAGAUCAACUCGAAGGUCUACAGUUUUUGCAUGAUACAAUGUUCGGUGCUUCGAUGCCACCGCCAUCCUCGUCAAUAAGUCCAACGUUGGAAGAUGAACAAAAGACGGCGAAGAGAGAAAAAAAACCAGUGAUUGAUUUAAAUCGGGUAGCGAUUACUGGCUGGUCGUAUGGAGGAUACCUCAGUCUGAUAGCCUUGGCACAAUAUCCCGAUCGGUUCAAAAUUGCAGUGGUGGGGGCUCCUGUCACGCAAUGGGAAUUGUAUGACGCUGCUUAUACAGAGAGAUAUAUGGGUUUACCGUCCGAGAAUAAGGAAGCAUAUCAAGAAAGUAAUGUUUUGACUUAUAUAGAGCGAUUUCCAUCACAGGAGCACAGGUUGCUUCUGGCUCAUGGGUUAAUUGAUGAAAACGUUCAUUUUACAAAUACAGAACUAUUAGUUUCUCAGUUAGUAAAGCAUAAGAAACCUCAUUACUUACAAGUAUAUCCCACAGAAAAACAUGGUAUACGGCAUGCAAGUGUUAAUGAACAUUUUGAAACUCUCAUGUUUUAUUGGCUUGUUAAUUAUUUAUAAGAUAUCGCUUUGUGCAUUCAACACCACUAGUACUAUUUACUACUAAUAAAAGUGACAUUAAUUUAGAAUCACCUUGUAUGUUCUAGACUAGGAUGAACAGAAUACGUUGCCAAUCCUAUCCUUGCUUUCCGUCGUAUGUAGAAUCAUUUACCCAUAGAUAAAAUAGCUUUGUUGUUAAUGGCCGGUAGUAUUGGUGUUCAUUAGUAUGAAAUAUACAUACAGUUUAGAAUCUCAGAGUUA